GCUGAUAUGGCGACUUCGCUGCGUUACCCGGGCAAGGUGGCGAUCGUGACCGGGGGCACCAAAGGCCUUGGUCUGGCCAUCGUCAGAGAAUUUGUUCGCCAAGGAGCCAAGGUAGUCUUCUGUUGAAAACCAUCUGAAGCGGAAAGGGGACGAGCCAUUGAGAGGGACCUGCAGGAUUCUGGGUGCCCAGGGGAAGCUUGCUUCCAGGUCUGUGAUGUCCUCAAGGAGGCUGACAUUAAGAGGUUGAUUCAGGUAACUCUCCAACGUUACGGAUGCCUGGACUGCCUGGUGAACAAUGUUGGAGAUGCUUACAAUGAAACAAUCGAUGACAUGACUGCCCAGGACUUCCGCUACAUCCUGGAACUCAACGUAGUGAGCGUUUUGCUAGCAUCCAAGUAUGCGCUGCCCUACUUACGGGAAACGAGAGGAAACAUCGUCAACAUAGCCGGUAUUGAUGGUGUCUUUGGGAUGAAGGAUACUUUGUCGGCCAGUGCAAGCAAGGGUGCUGUUAUUGCGAUGACCAAAGCUCUGGCCAUAGAUGAGAGCAAAUACAGAGUACGAGUCAACAGCGUUUCACCAGGUAACAUCUGGACUUCUUUGUGGGUCAGGCUUGCAAAUCAGUCACCGAAUCCAGAGGCCCGAAUCCAGGAAGGCAAAAGUUAUCAGGCAAGUCUAAUGGGACGUAUGGGGACCCCAGAAGAAAUUGCUUUGGCUGUCCUGUUCCUUGCCGCUGAUGGAACUUUCUGCACUGGUUUCGACCUUUUGGUCAGUGGUGGAGCUGAAGUGGGCUUUGGGGUGAAGAACGAGGUGGAUCUUGAGCCUGGCCUGUGUCCAAAGACACAGAGGCAAACAGCUGGCAUGGCGGCGGGGCUGCGUUACCCGGGCAAGGUGGUGAUUGUGACCGGGGGAACCUCGGGCAUUGGUCUGGCCACCGUGAGAGAAUUUGUUCACCAAGGAGCCAAUGUGGUCUUCUGUUCAAAAGCAUCCGGAGCGGAAAUGGGACGAGCCAUUGAGAGGGAGCUGCAGUGUUCUGGGUACCCAGGGGAAGCUUGCUUCCAGGUCUGUGAUGUCCGCAAGGAGGCUGACAUUAAGAGGUUGAUUCUGGUAACUCUUGAACGUUACGGAUGCCUGGACUGCCUGGUGAACAACGCUGGAGAUGCUUAUAAGGAAAUGAUAGAUGACGUGACUGCCCAGGAGUUCCGCAGCCUCAUGGAACUCGAUGUUGUGAGCGUUUUGUUGGCAUCAAAGUAUGCAUUGCCCCACUUACGGGAAACGGGAGGAAACAUCAUCAACAUGGGCAGCAUCGAAGGUGUCAUUGGGAUGAAGGGUUAUGUGUCAGCUUCCGCAAGCAAGGGUGCUGUUAUUGCGAUGACCAAAGCCCUGGCCAUAGAUGAGAGCAAAUACAGAGUACGAGUCAACUGCAUCUCACCAGGUAAUAUCUGGACUCCUUUGUGGGAAAGGGAAGCAUAUCGGACUCCAAAUCCAGAGGCCACAAUCCAGGAAGGCAAAAGUUAUCAGCUAAUGGGACGUUUGGGGACCCCAGAAGAAGUGGCUUUGGCUGUCCUGUUCCUCGCCGCUGAUGGAACUUUCUGCACUGGUUUCAACCUUGUGCUCAGUGGUGGAGCUGAAGUGGGCUUUGGGGUGAAGAACGAGGUGGAUCUUGAGCCUGGGCCAUGUCCAAGCGGGUAUUCACAGGGCUUCCCUGGCCAGCAAUAG